CCAUGUCUUGUUGCUAAGGAAUCAUUGACUCCUCCUUGGCAUACACUACUUGAUUGAGAAAAACUUAGUAGUUCACUACACUGCAAACCAUUGUUCUCUUACCUUUCUCUGAAAAUCCAUUCACUUUGCUGUUGUUGAGAUCAUAUCAUCAUGGCUGGUGCACUUGUUGGUGGAGCUUUCCUUUCUGGCUUCAUUAACGUUGUCUUUGACAGGUUGCUCACAAUGGAUACGGUCAACUGGGUCUUGGGCAAGAAACUUGGCCCUGACUUGGUUGAGAGGCUGAAAAUUUCUCUGCAUGCUGCUGAAACUGUGCUUGAUGAUGCUGAGUACAAGCAACUGGGCGACGAACGUGUGAGGGAUUGGCUCAACAGUCUCAGGGAUGCUGUUUAUGACGCUGAUGACUUUCUGGACUCUGUACACACCAAAGCCGCCACUCAAAAGGAGGUACGUUCUUCCAAGCUUAGUUUCUUCCUCAACCGACAUAGGAAGAUGGUAGAUUACAUGGAAGGGGUGGUUUCAAGAAUAGAAUUUCUUGUAAGGCAAAAAGAUAUCCUUGGUCUUCAAAAGACUACCAAGGAUAAUAACUUGUCAUCAUCAUCAUCGUCAUCAUGGCGAGAAACCACAUGUCUGAUGGAAGGAAACAUAUAUGGCAGGGAGGAUGAGCAACAAGCUUUAAUCAAAACAAUAAAUGACAAGAGUGAAUCUCAGUUAUCUGUGAUUCCUAUUGUUGGCAUGGGUGGGGUUGGUAAAACAACCUUAGCCAAAUGGGUGUACAGUGUCGUGGAAGAAUUUGAUCUCAAAGCAUGGGUCUGCAUCUCUGAAACAUUUCAUGUUGCUGAGAUUACAAAGAAAACCAUUGAGGAAAUUACAAAAACUACUUGUAGCCUUGGGAGUUUAAAUUUGCUUCAAAAUGAAUUGCAGAAAAUCUUGUCAGGAAAGAAGUUCUUUAUUGUUCUAGACGAUGUCUGGAGCGAUGAUGCCGAUAAGUGGAAGCAAUUUAUAACUCCUUUUCACUGUGGGGCUAAGGGUAGUACAGGUCUUCUUACAACUCGCAAUCAAGAGGUUGCUUCAGUAGUUCAAACAUGUCCCUCUUGCACUCUUAAUGAGUUGUCGGAAGAGUCUUGUUGGUUAUUGUUUGCAGCCAAUGCAUGUUUUCCAGAGUCAAACGGGAACCCAGCACUAGAGGAUGUCGGUAGAAAGAUUGUGAAGAGGUGUAAGGGGUUGCCCUUAGCUGUAGAAACGGUUGGGCGUUUGUUGCGAGGAAAGGAUGAUGUUAAAGAAUGGAAUGUUGUUUUAAUGAAUGACAUUUGGGAAUUGAAAAAUAGUAAAAUUAUUCCAGCAUUGUUAAUAAGCUACUUCCAGCUACCUCCUUACUUGAAGCGUUGUUUCGUUUAUUGUUCCUUGUUUCCCAAAGAUCAUGAGUUUGAGAAAAAUGAACUAGUUUUGCUGUGGAUGGCUGAAGAUCUUUUAAGGCUACCAAAGAGAGGAGAGAGUUUAGAAGAGGUUGGUUCUCAGUGUUUUGAAGAAUUAGCUUCAAGGUUAUUUUUUAAACCAGCUGAGUAUCCUCGUGACACGUACGUGAUGCACGAUCUCUUGCAUGACUUGGCAAUAUUCCUUGCUGGAGACUUCUAUUGUAGAAUAGAAGAGCUUGGUGAACAACAAAAGAAGAAGGUUCUCACUCGUCAUUUGUCACAUUUGCCAUAUGGAAGCUUAGAUCAUCCAAUCUCAAAAGUCUUUAAGUCCGUUGUGAAAGCAGAAUCUUUGAGGACAUCGUUGUAUAUCAAUGAUUUGUUAAGCAUGGAAAGCAGAGCAUCAAAGUUGAAAUACUUGAGAGUUUUAUCCUUUCGUGGACUUGGUGCAUUACCUGAUUCAAUAGGUAAAUUGAUUCAUCUACGCUAUUUGAAUCUCUCUUGGACCUAUGUGAAGACAUUACCAGAGUCAUUAUGCAACUUGUAUAAUCUACAAACAUUAAUAUUGUAUAAAUGUUCUAAGCUGACCAUGUUGCCCAAUGGCAUGCAUAAACUUGUGAAUUUACGGCAUCUUGAUCUUAGGGGAACUUCUUUGAAAGAAAUGCCUAGAGGAAUAAGUAAAUUGAAAAUGCCUGUUUUAGAUUACGUUGUGGUGGGCAAGCACAAAGACAAUGGAAUCCAAAAACUAGGAGGGCUCUCAAAUCUCGAAGGAUCAUUUGAGAUUAAGAAGUUGGAGAAUGUUGCUGAUGUCAGACAAGCAAGGAGUGCAAGGAUGUCGGAGAAGAACCACAUUGACAUGUUAUUGUUGGAAUGGUCUUGGGAUCGUGAGAUGGUUUCAAACACAGAGACUGAGAGAGAUAUACUCGACGGCUUGCAACCGCACACUGGCUUGAAAGUGUUGUGGAUCGAGCGAUAUAUGGGCAAAAGAUUUCCAGAUUGGGUGGGACACUCUUCUUACAACAAUAUAACAUGGGUAACACUAGCAUUUUGCAACAAUUGCUGCAUGCUGCCUUCACUUGGACAACUGCCAUCUCUCAAGUCCCUGUUCAUUGAAGGUUUUGACCAGCUCAAGCGUAUUGGUGAUGAGUUUUACAAGAGUGACAACGAUCAUCAUUCCUCGCCUAUUGCACCCUUUCAUUCACUCGAGGAAUUGGUGUUUGAUAACAUGCCAUGCUGGGAGGAGUGGCACGUACCUCACCCAGAAGCUUUUCCUCGGCUUAGGACACUUGAAAUAAGAAAUUGUCCAAUGUUAACCGGAGAUAUGCUUAACAACAUAUUGUGGAGAAGGGUUUGUUGUUUGCGGGAAGAUGAAGAAGGAAGGUGUGAUGAGAUGGUAGGUGGUGGGGAUGCUUUAUCAACAAGGCCAUCUCAAUCAUUUAAUGCAACCACCAUCAACCAUCUACGUAUUUCAGGGUGUCCGUCUAUUGUAUCCUUGUCGUUGGAUGUCUUUCCCAAUCUCAACAAUUUGGAGAUAAGAGAGUGUGAGAAUCUGGAAUCAGUGUCAAUGUCAGAGGCACCACACGCUGCUCUUCAACAGCUCUCCAUAUCUGAAUGUCCCGAAUUAGUGUCAUUAGCAGGAGAAGGACUGGCUGCACCCAACUUGAUUCAUCUUCAAGUCACAGUUUGUGAGAAGUUGGAGGCAUUACCACGUGACAUGAAGAGUCUACUCCAAAGUUUACAGACUCUCGAGAUAUCUGGUUGCUCAGACAUGUGCAGGUUGGCAGAGGGUGAUUUGCCGCCUAACUUGAAAUCCCUUGAAGUGGGAAUUUGCGAGCAACAAAUGAGGGAUCUAUCAUGGAUGCCCAACUUGCACGUCCUCACUCAUCUUUCCAUUAAUGGGAGGGAGUGUAAGAACAUAAAGUCAUACCCAGAGGUGGGUUCGCUGCCUCACCUUCCCUCCCUUACCACUCUCAACAUAUGGGGGUUUGAUAAUCUGGAGACAUUGGAGUGCAACGAGCUUCUCCGCCUCACCUCCCUUCAACAACUAUACAUUUAUUGUUGUCCAAAGCUGGAGAAUAUAGAAGGAGAAAAGCUGCCUCCCUCUCUCUUCCUACUGAGAAUUGAAUACAGUGGUUUGCUGGAAGAACACUGCAAGAACAAGCAUCAACUAAUCUGGCCCAAAAUUUCCCACAUCCCCACCAUUCAAGUCGAUUGA